AUGGAAGCCAUUGUUGAGUUUGAAGGAGGAAGUAAAGCUCUCGUAACCCUUGAAUAUCACAAACUAGACAAACUCUGCCUGUACUGUCAAAAACUCACCCAUGAAGAGGAAGACUGCCUUACAAAUCCAAGAGCUAAACGUGUAUCUAAACCAACAAGAUCCACAACUCCCGACAGACCAAACUACCUAAAACCCCCUUUCUUCAUCAACCACGCUGAAAGACAACCCUCCCACCCGAGAACAUUCCACCGGGACCUGCACACCCUAAUGAACCUCCGACCACAUCUCGAGCAUCACUACCACCUAGACCUCCAAGAGCAACAGAAGCAAUCCCCAUCACCAACUCUGUGGAAGAAUGAUGCGGAGUCAGGUUUUACCAAACUCCUAGACCUCUGCAAGUGCACAGAUCGCGGAAGUAUGGGUAUCGAACACAAGGACUGGCUAUUGAGUACACUUUGA